GUGACGUCAUCCGAGCAGCAGGCGGCAGCAGAGGCGGGAACUCAACCGGAAGUGGUUCGAGUCAGAGAGAAUUUCCCACAUCGGUUAAUUUCCCGUGUAACGUAUUACACAGUUAAUAGUUCACCAUGAAUCCGCUGACGAAGGUGAAGCUGAUCAACGAGCUAAACGAGCGCGAGGCGAACCUCGGGGUCAAAGACUCUGUCUCCUGGCACACCGAGUACAGCGACAGCGCCUGGGUGUUUGUGGGUGGAUUCCCGUACGAGCUGACUGAAGGCGACAUCAUCUGCGUCUUCUCUCAGUACGGCGAGAUCGUCAACAUCAACCUGGUGCGAGACAAGAAGACCGGGAAGUCCAAAGGGUUCUGCUUCAUCUGCUUCGAGGACCAGCGCAGCACCAUCCUGGUGGUGGACAACUUGAACGGCAUCAAGAUCAAAGGUCGAACCAUCCGUGUGGAUCACGUCAAAGACUACCGGCCUCCCAAAGACACGGAGGACAUGGACGACAUCACCAAACACCUGAGGGAGCAGGGCUGCGCCCCCAAAACCACCGGGCCCCCCCCUUCCCACUCGUCCUCAUCCGAGGAGGAGCGGGACGGCGUCCCCGCGAAGAGGAUAAAAAAAGACAAGAAAGAGAAGAAGAAGAGGAAGAAGGAGAAGAAGAAGAAGAAAAUGAAGGCGGCGAAAGAACGCGAGGGUCUGGACUCCUCCUCACUUCCUCCUGUCAGAGUCAAAGAGGAGAAGGAGGACGCCGCCUACCACAAGUACGACCAGAGGGGGGCGCCACUAGGGAGGGACGAGAGGAGAGACCCAUGUGGUGACAGUAGGGAAGAGAGAGGGAGACACGAGGUGGGAAGGGACAGGAAGGAGAGAGACAGGAGGUGGGAGGGAGACAGGGAGACGGGUGCAGAGAGGAGGUGGGAGGGGAGAAAAAGGGAGACAGACCGGGAAGGAGACAGGAGGAGGGAGACAGGCGGGGAGAGAGAGGGAGACAGGAAGAGGAACCAAGACCGGGUUGAUGACGGAAGACGGGACAGACCCUUAUAGGGCAAAGACGGACGUAACCAUGGAACAAGACGGCUGAUGAAGACAAACGGGAUUAUUCUCCUUUCUGUCUGUGUGACGUGUAAUAAAACAGCCAAAGUCUCCAUGAAGUAAAACGAGAGCGUUUUCUAUUCGUCUUCAUUGUAUCAUCGAUGAGCAGCAGACAGAAAACAUGGAGGCUUUAAUUUACAAUCAUAAACUUUUCAUAGAAAGUCAGUCGCUACGACGUGAAAGUGAUUAUCGGAGAGACGUUUCUCCGUAUUUAUUAAUAACUCAUUGCUCUGAUUAGACGUCGGGAUUAAAUGAAGUCUUACAACUGUUGGAAUCUCUGUUCUGUUAUUAAACCACAAACGCCUCUUUGGCUUGUUAAGUAGCUGUUAGCACGUUAGCAUUAGUGUCCCAAUUUUUACAUAACAAGUUACAAGACUUUAUUUUUUCUGUACAAUUGUAAUCUUAAAGUGAAUAAAUGACCUAAAUGUUGGUGGAAAAC